AUGUAUCCGCUUGAAGGUCAAGAAAGUAAACGACACACUCUCGAGGACCGUGAAGCUACAAACGAUGCAAAAGAUUGGGCUGGUGGGCAAGAAACUGUUGCCAAGUGCACGAGCAGGAGAUUUCUCGAAGGCAAUACCGACACGGAAGGAGUUGUGAGCGCGACUAAUCAGCCUGAAAAUAGGGACGAUCUAUGUCCUAUUCGACGCCAGUUGCUAUGGGCGAAUAUUUGGUCAAGCCCAGUGAUUCCAAAACUGUGUGCCGCGGCGAAAUAUUGUAAAAGCUUCAAUUUGAGAAAAUGUGCACUGCUUUGCAGACUCAUCCAUCACAUUAAUUGUUAA